UCAUUUUCCAUUUUUAAAAUUAAAAAUCAUAUAAAAUAUAUUUUCUAAGGAUCGCUUAAAACAUUUUCCAUGAAAUUUUCGGUUUUCUUCUAAAAGUUUUAUAGAAUUUAAGCUCAGUUAUCUACUGUUAAUUUUCUGUAAUCCAACAAUGGAAGCUAACUUCCAAUGCUCGCUCUACCAUCUUCACCCUUUCUCUUCCAAUAUGGGAUUUCCUGCUCUAAACCCUUGUUCCACCCUUAAACCUUUCCGUUUGAAUCAAAGCUCCGUCGGAAUUCAUUGGCGGUCACUGCAAGUAGGGUUUCGAUCAUCGAGGUCCCGACUCUUGGUUUCCAAUUCGGUGACUGACCGUCAAACUUCGACUGUUGAAAGAGGAGGUACUGAGGGUGUGGCCUCUGCGAGUCCCGUUUAUGUCGCCACUCCUCCCAACCGUGAGCUUCGAACUCCUCACAGCGGGUACCAUUUUGAUGGAACCACGCGGCAAUUUUUUGAGGGUUGGUACUUCAAGGUCUCUAUUCCUGAGCGGAAGGAGAGCUUUUGUUUCAUGUAUUCUGUGGAGAAUCCAGCAUUUCGGAAGAAAUUGUCGCCCUUGGAAGUGGCACAGCAUGGACCCAGAUCCACUGGAGUUGGUGCUCAAAUUCUCGGGGCUUCUGACAAGUAUAUAUGUCAAUAUUCUGAAGAAUCUCAGAACUUCUGGGGAAGUAGGCAUGAACUGAUGUUGGGAAAUACUUUUGUGGCUGAGAAAGGCAUGCAGCCUCCAUCCAAGGAGGUUCCUCCUCAGGAGUUUAAUAGAAUGGUUUCAGAAGGUUUUCAAGUCACCCCAUUAUGGCAUCAAGGUUUUAUUCGUGAUGAUGGCAGGUCAGAUUAUGUGAAAACUGUGAAAACUGCACGUUGGGAGUACAGUACUCGCCCUGUUUAUGGAUGGGGUAAUGUGGGAUCCAAACAACAGUCCACUGCAGGCUGGCCUGCUGCAUUUCCUGUAUUUGAACCCCAUUGGCAAAUAUGCAUGGCAGCCGGACUUUCAACAGGCUGGAUAGAGUGGGAUGGUGAAAGAUUUGAUUUCAAAGAUGCACCUUCUUACUCAGAAAAGAACUGGGGUGGAGGCUUCCCAAGGAAAUGGUUUUGGGCUCAGUGUAAUGUCUUUGAAGGUGCAAGCGGAGAAGUUGCUUUGACUGUGGGUGGUGGGCUGAGGCAAUUGCCUGGACUAACUGUGACCUUUGAAAAUGCUGCAUUGAUUGGACUGCAUUAUGAUGGAAUUUUCUAUGAAUUUGUACCAUGGAAAGGUGUUGUAACUUGGGAAAUCAGCCCAUGGGGUUACUGGUUCGUAACUGCUGAGAAUGAGACACAUUUGGUUGAAUUGGAGGCAACAACAAAGGAUCCAGGAACAACACUGCGUGCUCCAACAAUAGAGGCUGGCCUUGCUCCAGCUUGCAAAGAUACUUGUUAUGGUGUUCUGAAAUUGAAAUUAUGGGAACGAAGAUAUGAUGGCUCUAAGGGCAAGGAUCAUAAUGGCAGAAAUUUUGUGUAAUCAAAUGGGGUUUUGUAUAGACAAAUGGGAAGAAGUUUUGUGCAAGAAGGAAUCAAGAAUCAAGAAAUUGAAUUGGUUUCCUAGUAAACGAAAUCUCAAGAAAUUACAACAGAGAAAAAUGGUAAGAAUGAGAAAUGAGAAAUUAAUGGAAAGAACAGAGGAGGAAAAAUCUAGAUUCAAGAAAGGAGAAAGAAAAGAAGAACUACCGACAGAAAUCCAUGGCCAUGGAUCGUUGGCUCUGAUACCAAUGAUGCAAAUCUAGGAGAAAGUGAACCAGGAAGGGGAGAAAACAUGGAAGACAAGAAUUUAGGAAGGAAAAGAAUGAACAGCGAGAAGAAUCAAGACUUCAUUGACAUUAACAAUACCAAAUUACAGAGUUUGUUCCCAUUUUAUACAAAUCAACCCACCAAACAAUAUUAGACAUGUAUCAGACUGCUUGAAAUUAUUGACAGAAGAUUAAAAGAACAUGAAGGGGAGUUGCUGUAUCAGAAAUUGAAGAAAUUGGAUAAGUUGUUAGAAGAGAAAUUAGAAGGGUUGAAGAAAUUGUCUUUGGAGACAAAAUCCAAAGAUCAAUCUCAAGAUCUGGAGCAAGAAUUUCAAAUUCCUGAAGAUUCAAUCUAGCAAAGUUUUGAGAAUGAUGAUAAUGGUACAAAUGAUGAGAAUAAUCAGGGUUUUGAGAAUGAUAACAUUGCUGAAGCCUCCAGUAAAGUGCAUGAUGAAUGCAUUCAAAGACAAGAGAAGUUGCUGGAAAAAAAGGUUCGGAAAUAGGGAAAAUCGGAGAAGCCUGAUGUCAGUAAACAGAGAUUUCAUGAAGGUCAACUUCUUGGGAAUUCUGAAAAGCCAAGUGAAGAACAAAAUGGCUCAAGCGAGGUUUCCAAUAAGAAUGACAAGGGCACUGAGAUGGAGCAGGAUUUCAUUGCUGAUACAUUUAGUGUGAGCGAGGACUCUGAGAAGGAAAAUGCUGAAGAGGGUGAUAAGGGGCAACCAGAUUAUGCAAGGGGAAAACAGGAGCUGAAUAUAAAGUGAAAGUCCUUUGCUCAAUGACACAAAGGAUGAUUUUGCCUCAGUUAGAAAUGGAAGAAGUGCUGGGUCAGAAAAUAGCAAUAUUGAAGGAGUCUAUUCAAGCUGCACAACCUACAGUAUGUAAACCUGAAAUUUCUUGGAGUAAUGGGAUGGAUGGAGCUUACUAAUUCAAGAGGUCCAUGAUUAUGAGUUCUAUUCUUGUGACUACCUAAUUUCCAUGGAGAAGAGAUAUUGAGAAGGCUGAAGAAGAAAUUACUUUUGAAGAAAGUUGCAUCUGUAAUUCUUAAAGAAGAUGUAUUUGAAAGAUGGAGAACGCAGAGAAAGAAAGGCAACUAUGAUGAAGGAAACUGAUCGGCAUGCUGGUGCUGGUAUAUUUGAGUGGAGUCAACAUUAUGCUUCAUUGUGCUGCAGCAGCAGAAGUCUUUCCUGAAAUCACUCAAGAGGAAACCCAAAAUGUUGGAAUACAUUGACAUCUUUUGAUUCUUUGUGGUUAUUUUCUUGCUGCUGAACAUUGCUGGUAGUUUUCUGGAUAUGGAGGCAACAGUUUCAGUGUUAUAUUUCAGCUUCCCUUAUUAUUGAGGACAAGAAUGAUUUGAAGUGGGGAAUGUUAUGAUUACUAACAAGGGGGAUAAGGGGCUGUAAUUUUAUGGUGAAGAGAGUAAAAUAAGAAGGAUGUAGUUGAGAUGAGCGGGAUGAGGUAGUUAGAUAAGUCAAGUAGCUGUUAUAGUUGGCGGGAACAAUUAGUUGGGCAAGAGAAGUUGUAUAAAUAACUGAAGAGGAUGUAAUAGAAGACUAUCAAAGAAAUAUCAAGAUUUCAGUCAA